UCAUACUAGCAGCUGGGAGCUAUUUUACCACGUGACAGGAGUGAUGUUUCUCUUGCUGUAGCAGCCAUCAUUAUACUCAAUACCAGUCCAUCCUAAAAAAGGAAAGAAGCACAAGGAUAAAACCAACCAUGGAUUAACACAGGAGAAUUAUUCUUUUUAACGAGAUUUGAUUACAUCGCCUUUUCCAUCUAUGAUUUGUUUUCUUACUUUUAUAGAAGUAAAGGUGGGCUUGACGUGCAUCUGUCCCGACUUGGUCUCGCAGCAGCUUGUGACACAGAAACCUGACCCUCCUGAUUGGCGGACGGCAGCACGAAGCAUUGGACAGUUUUUCACCCCCCCUACCCCCUCCUCUGUUCCCUCUCUCUGUUUUUCUCUCUUUCCCUGCAUUACCAGCCCUGACGGAGGAGGAGGGGGGUGGGCCUGGGCGUUCGGGAGGAUAAAACAGCCCAGCAUGGGGCAGAAGGUUCCGGGAGGCAUCAAAGCGGUGGACAUGCGUGACCCGGCGCUGCGGCCCCUCAAGCUGGAGCUGCAGGCGCAGGACUACGCCAAGCCCUCGCGGCUGGACAUGCUCCUGGACAUGCCGGGGGCCGGCGCGGACGCUCAGGUGCAGCACUCGUGGAACAACGACGACCGCUCGCUCAACAUCUUCGUCAAGGAGGACAACAAGCUGGUCUUCCACCGGCACCCGGUGGCGCAGAGCACCGACGCCAUCCGCGGGCGGGUGGGCUACACGCGCGGCCUCCACGUCUGGGAGAUCCACUGGGCCAUGCGCCAGCGGGGCACGCACGCCGUCGUCGGCGUGGCCACGGGCGAGGCGCCGCUCCACUCGGUGGGCUACACGGCGCUGGUGGGCAACAACCAGGACUCCUGGGGCUGGGACCUGGGCCGGAACAAACUCUACCACGACGGCAAGAACCAGCCCAGCAAGACCUACCCGGCCUUUCUGGAGUCCGACGAGACCUUCCUGGUGCCGGACUCGUUUCUGGUGGUGCUGGACAUGGACGAGGGCACGUUGAGUUUUAUGGUGGACGGACAGUAUCUGGGGGUGGCUUUCCGGGGACUGAAGGGCAGGAAGCUGUACCCUGUAGUUAGUGCGGUGUGGGGACACUGUGAAAUAAGGAUGCGGUACAUCAACGGGCUUGAUCCGGAGCCGCUGCCUCUGAUGGACCUGUGCCGUCGCUCGGUGCGCGUCGCGCUGGGACGGGAACGACUGAGUGAGAUUCACGGACUGCCUUUGCCAGCCUCUCUCAAGAACUACCUGCUCUACCAAUGAUGCUAGGAGUGCCUUUACCUCAGCACCUGGCAUACAGCUCCCUAAUUCUCUCUCGGUCUCUCUCUGUCGCUCUCGCUCUCUGUCUCUCUCUCUCUCAAGGAUUUUAUUUCUUUGACUCUCUGGAUUUGGUACAAUACUCCUGUUUUUAUUUUUUGAAAACAAAAUCUGACCCAGGACUAUUCUCGUCCAAUGUUUCUGACGUGUUUACAGUCACAUACUGAUGAUGUCCCUACGUGACUUACUUCAAUCAUGUACUGGAAUUUCUUUUUUGUAGUAGUAUCAAACAAAAACGUAUGGAACACUGUACAGGCACUGGUCCAAGACAUCUGCAAAAACAAAAUGGCCUCCUCGAAUCUCACACCUGUCAGUGUGUUGAAAGUGCAAUGAGCUUUGGUGGAGCCCCAGCCAUGGCUACCAUGGCCUCCUCAUCCUCCACCCUUCAUCCCCCUUGCUUCACCCAUUUUGUUUUUCCUUUUUUGAAAAAGCCGUUCCAGUUGUGCAGAAUGGAUAUGAUGUCGUGGUCGUGUGAUGUGCCCGAUUGGUACAAUCUGACAUCCUUGUGUGGCUGAUCAUUGGUAUUUCCGGCUGCUGGCACCAUGCCUUGCCUUCACGAGUUAUUUGUAAAGCAGCAUGAGGCCUGCUAGUCUCUUUUGGUCUCUACAUGCCAAACUGCUGGCUAAAAAUGGUCUUGAAUUUUUUUUUAAAUCAUGGUUAAUUUGGUCUGGGACACAAUUUUAAGGCCAUAAGACACCAUUUUCAAAAGUGGUACUUUUAUUUUUAUUUUUAAUUCCCUGCAUAGAGAUGAUGCACAUACACACACCUCUUGUCACUGUAUAUGCAUUACAUUUGCCACCGUAGGGUAAAGAGUACAUCAUGCUCAUUCUUAGUUCCCCCACCCACUCUGUUCUCGUACAUCUGUUUCUAGAUGUGGAGGGGAGCGCUGGGGAGGUGUAACAAUCUCCCAGCAGUUUACUCGUCCACCAUGGGGCCAAGCCAGCCCUGCCUCUCUGGACUGUGAGGUAGCUCCAGGGUGGACAUUUCCUCCCAACAUGAACCACAGGAAGCCUCUGAAUCAGGUUGUUCCCCUCUGACUGCCUCCCCCCUAAACCCCGGGACUGCUCCCCCCCCCCCCCCCCCCCUCCUCGCCCCUGGCUACACUCCUUGUACCCUAGUGUUCAGGUUCCCACUGCAACAUAAGUGCCUGUAAGUGUGACACCAGAGCAUUACUGGGAGGGGGCUAGUUUUAAAGGAAGCCAUUUUGGAGGAAAAAAGUGCUUUUCAAAGGAAUGAUUGAAGGAUUACGUCACUGUGAAAAUUUGUAGCAUCCUGUCGCUCCUGGAUGUCAGUUGCACAGCUUUCAUCCAUGCCACCCCAUCGUUUUAAUGUGUCAUGAAAAAUUAAUGUACAAUCACUUGAUCAAUGGUUUUUUAAUCAUUUAGCCCAUCUUGGAUGUCUAAAGACAGUUGUUUAUUUUUGUUUUGUUUUUUUCCCCCCCUUUUUGUUUUCAUAUGUUGGCAAAAAGUGCAUUAAUAUGACCAGGAUCCAUGAUAGACCAAGGCCAGGACUAUAAGCAGGCAAUCUUGUCACCAAAUGCUAUUCCAGUUCAAUGGAGUUUUGGUGGCAACAUUGCACUCUGUUUGUUUUUGACACUGUCAUUGGGUGGCUCACUCUCGAUUUUGAGCCAUUUGAUAUUUCUCUGUCUGGGGUGAUGGAUUGGAUGACGAGGAACUUGUUUCUGUGAUCAUACGAGAGGCCUGUUUUAAAACUUGAUGCAGAAAUGUUGAACGUUUGCCAAGAUAUAGUCAUGUUUUUUUUGUUUUGUUUCCUUUCCAUUUUGUUUGUUUUUAAUUCCUCUCUCUCUCUCAGACUUGUUUUGUCAUUCAUAGGCUUUUUUAAAAAUGAAAAUUGCAGAAUGCCAGCUCUGGUUUGAGUUCAUGUAUUUGAGUAUGGACAACUGAGGUGCUGGCCGCAUUUUAUAGCCCCUCUCUGCCUGCAGGUGAUCAUUCUCUCUUGUAUUCAGUGAUGUAGAUAAUGUUAACUCUAAUAAAGUUUAUUAUAAAUUA